GCCAGUCGACCAGAGCUCAUUCAGCCAGCAGCGGAUGGCGGCCAAGGAUGCUACUUCGACGCUCCCGCUGCAGCCCACGAAACCCUCUGGGCUAAGGUCGGCACUGCAAUAUACUGGAAUACCCCCUUCGUGGUUUGAGAAGCGGCCCAAGCUUCCCUCGCGCAACUGGCUUAUAUUCAUCUCAGUCACGGCUUCCAUCACUGGCUACUAUCUCUACGACCGACGUGAAUGUAAACGCAUAAGGCAAGAGUAUGUGGACCGCGUCAAGCACCUCGCCGAAGCACCUCUCGGCACCAUGGAGCUUCCGCGGAAGGUGACGGUAUACGGAGGCAAAUGGCCAGGGGACGACGACUACGACCGCAGCAUGAAGUACUUCAGGAAGUAUGUCAAGCCCAUCCUUGUCGCUGCAGCUGUAGAUUACGAUAUGAUCAAGGGCAAACGUCUCGGGGACAUCUCGAAUCAUGUCGCGGAAUCUAUCAAAACCCGGCGCCGCAUAGACGCUGGCUUGGAACCCCUACCGUCACUCGCCACGCCCGCUGUUCAGAAACGUACUCCGGAACAGGAGCUUGAAGGUGGCAUCGUCCUUAUCGGAAGAAGCACCUUCAAGGAGUUUAUGCAUGGGCUCGUACGAGGAUGGACCGAAGGUCUCGAGAAGGUCGAUCGCGAAGAACAGUUGGCGAACGAACUGGCGAACGACGGUGCAUUCGACGAGCCUGAUACGGAGUCUCUAGCAUCUACGACCUCGAGGCCCUUGGCUGACGAUGAGCCUAUACCCACACCCUCACGACUCGCCCCUUCCAGAGUAUUACCUGGCACAUUAGCCCAGUUCAAAAUGCCUGGGAUGACCCAAGCCUCGCCAUCGUCAUCCAUCAUCUCUGUCACGUCUUCAAUCCCCGCCCACCUGAACGCUCCUCCGGAAUCCAUUCCCCCGCUGCCUCCUCUCCUCUUAGUGUCCUUCACCAACUUCGUCGGGCUCAAGCUCAUACCCCAUAUGAUUUGGGACUUCUUCAAUGAACGGUAUAAGGUAGCUUCUGGCUCCAGGGACGGAUACAAACUGGUCAUGGGCAUCACCCGGCCAUUCCUUGCGCCUCCUCCUUCUCUCAACGCGCCCGCAUUCGACCCUUCGAUCGACCCGGUUCAAGAUUUACGACCCCAACUGGACCUCGACUUCGAUCGGGAUGUCGAGUCCUACUACAAGAACUCGCUUCAGAAGAUUCCCUCAGAAAUUGAGUCGUCUCGAAAAUCCUAUUACAAGAGCCUCGCGGAGAAACUGGUCACUGCUCGUGCUCUAGCUCGUGGUGACCGCGAGCCUACGAAGGAAGAGCUCCAGAACCCCCCUCCUACUGAGGUUGAGCUGCGCGCGGAGAGGAUCAAGAAGGAAUUGCGUUGGAGAGGCGACUUGGAAGGCUGGGAGAUCGUAAAGCCUGAAAACCAGACGUUGUGGGAUGAACGCCUCAGGGGCGUUCUGAAGGUUUUCGUCGAUCCGCCCGAGGACGGCGCGUUACCAUCGUCGGAUGACAAGACUGAGACCCGAGCAUGAGAAACAUUUCACAGUAUUCGAGCGUCCAUCACGUUGCAGCACGAGGCCAUACAUAAUUUACAGCGCUUUACUAUAAUGCACAAGCUUAGCGGGGACUAGUCAUCUGUGAUCUCUACAGAACCGCUGUUCAGGAAGGCCUCAAUCUCAGCAAGAGGGUUGUCCGUGUAGUAAUCCUCGUGAUCCUGACUGCCAGAUUCAUCACGAGCAACAUGACCUUGAUGGCCGUCAUUGAGUGAGUAUGUGUUGUGUAGCUGAUCGCCAGAUAAAGACGUAGCAGCAGAGUCUUCAGGAACGAAGUCAAAUAAAGUCAUGUCGAACUCAAAGCCUGUAUCCGGGUCACCGAAGUCAAACUGCGAGUGCAGUGCUUCCACAUCUCCGUUGUCUAGUGUGCGUGCAGUAGCGCGCUCGCGGUCUGUCCUAUGUGAAUCCGGUGACGAGCCGCGUAGAAACAAUGAGUCUGCCUUUGAAGGAGGCUGUUGUUGUGUCU